AAAGCACUUCCUUUUCCGCUCAAUGCGCUGCGUUUUCUUCUUCAACCAAGCUUCUCCUCAGCGUAAAAAAAAGAUUACUAACCGCGUGUUGGCUCAAGUCAAUCCGACGUCAUGAGUUUGUUCGGGGCCAGCACUGGCUUUGGCGCUGGGGGAUUUGGAGCGGCAACCACGGACACCCACAACCCAAUGAAGGAUGUGGAAGUAACCUCACCCCCAGAUGACAGCAUCAGUUGCUUGGCGUUCAGUCCCCCUGCUAUGCCAGGGAACUUCUUGAUAGGGGGAUCCUGGGCCAAUGAUGUGAGGUGUUGGGAGGUACAGGACAACGGGCAGACAGUCCCCAAAGCCCAGCAGAUGCACACGGGUCCCGUCCUUGAUGUCUGCUGGAGCGAAGACGGUAGCAAGGUUUUCACUGCGUCUUGUGACAAGACUGCCAAAAUGUGGGACCUCAACAGCAACCAGGCAAUACAGAUCGCACAGCAUGAUGCUCCUAUCAGAACAGUCCACUGGAUCAAAGCCCCCAACUACAACUGCAUCAUGACAGGCAGCUGGGACAAAACUCUGAAGUUCUGGGACACCCGCUCGCCCAACCCAAUGAUGUCUCUGCAGUUGCCGGAGAGGUGCUACUGUGCAGACGUGGUGUACCCCAUGGCAGUGGUAGCGUCUGCAGACCGAGGUUUGAUUGUAUAUCAACUUGAAAACCAGCCGUCUGAGUUUAGGAGGAUAGACUCACCACUCAAACACCAGGUGACUGGUCUCACAUACCAGCACCGCUGCAUAGCCAUUUUUAAGGACAAACAGAACAAGCCUGCUGGAUUUGCUCUCGGAAGCAUUGAAGGGAGGGUUGCCAUUCACUACAUCAACCCUCCUAACCCAGCCAAGGAUAACUUCACCUUUAAGUGCCACAGGUCGAAUGGAACCAACACAGCCACACCACAAGAUAUCUAUGCUGUAAAUGCCAUCUCCUUCCACCCUGUCCACGGGACACUGGCGACUGUUGGGUCGGAUGGUCGCUUCAGCUUCUGGGAUAAAGAUGCCCGCACCAAGCUGAAGACCUCAGAGCAGCUGGACCAGCCAAUCACAGCAUGCUCCUUCAACAACAACGGCAACAUCUUUGCCUACGCCUCCAGCUAUGAUUGGUCAAAGGGACAUGAGUACUACAACCCUCAGAAAAAGAACUACAUCUUCCUGCGUAAUGCUACUGAGGAGCUGAAACCACGGAACAAGAAAUGAUUUGUCCAGUAUCUCACCUGUUGUUUGCAAAAUGGAGGGUUGUCAAACACACACGUCAUGCCUGCACGACCCUGUUCCUUUCCUGUGCCAACAUCAAUGGUGGAGCUGCUACUUGCAAAAUAGGGGUUGGAGAGUGAUAAGAUAUUGUUUUGAAAUAUCUGAUAUUUUAUUUUCUAUUGUCACGAUACCAUGGUUGCAUUUAAAGUAAUGUUUUUUUUCUCUGUUACAUUGUUGUACAAUUUAACGAUAUUGGAGAAUGACAUAAAUGACUAGAUAAAGACAAGUUACGACUGUUUUUUGCAACA